AUGCAGACAUGGAAAAUAAUUUUCCUCUGUGGGAGAAACGUCAAAAGAGAUGAAUACAUGGAAAGCUGCUCCUCCUCUAGUCCCCUCAGUACUCUGAAGGGAUAUGCAUUUGUUACAGGAUUAAGUAAUGGUAGAGCCAUUCAAGAAAGAAACCAUCCAGCAAAGGUGAAACCUGCAAAUUUCACACCCAACAUAAUGGAGAAAAGCAGGAUAAGUCUCUGUGAAAUAGGUGCAGGAAUGUCUAGCACUAAUCCAGAAGACAAGAAUGAAAUGAAAAUGCUGUUGUAUGACACUAGUACUCAAAGAAUCAGCACCUAUAAGACACAACUGAAGGAUUCCUUUUGUCGAGAGAAAGAAGAGAAAGAAGAGAGAAAGCCGUUGCUGAAGAACCGGGAAACAGAAACUCCAUCUUCGAAAACGGGUAAGGUUACCGAUUCCCCCAUACAGAAUGCGUUCGUCUUCUGGGCAUAUUUCACUUUAGCGGUUUCUGUCGUUACGCUCGGCUUUGUUUUCAUGUCUUCAUUAACCCCACAAAAUGAUAAAGGUUGGUUUCUCAGCUUGCCCAACGAUUUACGCCAAUAUUACUCCCAGGGUAGAACAAUCAAAGUCCAGUUAAACCCUAAUCGGCCUCCCAUCGAGGUUUUUGCCAUAGAAGAAGGUCCCAGAGACGCAGAGGUCGUAGUUCUUGUCCACGGUUUCGGUUGUAGCUCGUAUUCUUUCCGUCAAGUGAUUCGCUCUCUAGGUUCCAGUGGAAUUCACGCCGUUGCGUUCGAUCUUCCUGGUUCUGGAUUCUCAGAUAAGUCCACAUUGGAGGAGGAUGAGAGAUGGGGUGGGGUUCUGGGCGGGCUCUGGGAUAUUUACACUGAUAUCAAGGAGAAGGGCUUAUUUUGGGGAUUUGAUCAGCUAGUCGAAACGGGGCAGAUCCCUUAUGAAGAACUUGAAAUUAGGGUUUCUACGACUAGGAGUAUUAAACCCUUGAGCUUGAAAUCAGAGGAGAUGGGUCGAGUUAUUGGGCAAGUGAUCGAUACAAUGGGUCUUUCACCUGUGCAUCUAGUUUUGCACGAUUCAGCUCUGGGAAUGGGUGCUAGUUGGUCUUUAGAGAAUUCAGGGUCGGUGAGUAGUCUAACUUUGCUUGAUUCUGCCUCAAAAUCCAUUUCUUUGCCAUUAUGGGUGCUGGAAAUGCCGGUUCUUAGAGAGUCUGUGUUAGGAUGCUCCUCCACUUUUGCCAGGUUUCUUAGAUUAUGUUGUUCAAGAUCGAUAGAGACAUCAGUUGCAGAGGCUCAUAGGGUUCUUUUGAAGGGUAGGGAUGGUAGGAGAGCAGUUGUAGGAGUCGGCAAGGGCCUGAAUUAUAGCUUCAGUUUGGAGGAAUGGGCUGGUUCAGAGUCCAUGAAGGGUAUUCCACUUCAAGUGCUUUGGUCUAGUAAUUGGUCUGAAGCGUGGAGCAAAGAGGGACGCCAGGUUGCAGAAGCUGUUCCACAGGCAAUCUUCCUCUCGCAUUCUGGUGGGCGGUGGCCUCAGGAAGAUGCAGCAGAUGAGAUAGCUGAAAGUAUCGUUCGGUUUGUAUUCUCAUUGCCAAAAUCUGUUAGACAAGUUAAAGAAGAGCCACUGCCGGAUCAUAUUCAGAAGAUGCUCGAUGAAGCCAAUGAUGAUGCCCAUGAAACCCACCAUCAUCACCAUAGUCAUGGUGGCCAUGGCCAUCACCAUGGGGGUCAUGAUCACGCACAUGCUGACUACAUGGAUGCAUACGGUCUUGGUCAUGGUUGGGAGAGUUGAUACUAUGUCUUUGUUUUGCAAGAGGUAUUUAGACCAAAUCUGUGAGAGUGCAUGCAAUUUUUUUCCCUGGCAAUGCUGCUUGGUGAGGCUUGUCCCCAUGUUUCUCUGUCCCAAAAGCUUGUAUUGUAAUUGAGCCAGUUGGUGUUCUUGUGAAAGCUUCGAAGUACUGUAGCUGCAAGUUAUUGUGAAAGCUUCAAAGUUCUAGUAGCUGCAAUUCAUCUUCUG